UUUGGUUGGUUUGGUUUUGGCGGGAGCGUGUGUGCGUGUCUCUGCCCUUGCGGGAAGUGCGAUGUGAUCGGAGCGCAGUCGAGCGUAAAUUGUUUUGUUAGUUUAAUAGUGCCUUCAGAAAUCAUUUGGCAGUUUCUUUGCCCACUCUACUCGUUCUGAGGCCAUGGGAAUCACGGGUUUAUCGAAGGUAAUCGCUGACAAUGCACCCGAUGCUAUUAAGGAAUCGGACAUCAAGAGCUACUUCGGAAGGAAAAUUGCUAUAGAUGCGUCAAUGUGUCUGUACCAGUUCCUGAUCGCAGUGCGCCAAGAAAACAACAUGCUUACCAACAGUGAAGGCGAGACCACAAGCCACCUGGUCGGGUUCUUCUACAGAACGAUUCGAAUGAUUGAGAAUGGCAUCAAACCCGUGUACGUUUUUGAUGGAAAGCCGCCGGGUAUGAAAUCGUCGGAGCUUGAAAAACGCCAAGAGCGCAGAGAAGCAGCCGAGAAAGAGCUGGAGAAAGCGGAAGAGGCAGGAAACCAAGAAGAAAUCAAUAAAUUCAGCAAGCGACUCGUAAAAGUGACCAAGCAACAUAGCGAAGAUUGCAAGAAGCUUCUAGCUCUUAUGGGCAUACCAUACAUAGAAGCCCCAUGCGAAGCUGAAGCUCAGUGUGCCGAGCUUGUGAAAGGUGGCAAGGUUUAUGGGACGGCAACUGAAGACAUGGACGGCUUAACUUUUGGCACAAAUGUCCUGCUUCGUCACAUGACAUACAGUGAAGCUCGGAAAAUGCCAAUCAAGGAGUUCCACCUUGACAAAGUACUCAGUGGGCUUGAAAUGAAUCGGGACGAGUUUAUAGAUCUUUGCAUUCUACUUGGGUGCGACUACUGUGAAAGUAUUCGAGGAAUCGGACCAAAACGUGCAGUGGAGCUCAUCAAGCAGCACAAGUGCAUUGAAAAAAUAAUCACUGCAAUUGACUCCAAGAAGUAUACUGUGCCUGAAGAUUGGCCCUACAAAGAAGCCCGUCAGCUUUUUCUGGAACCCGAGGUCACUCCUGCUGAUAAUGUCCAACUGAAAUGGAGUGAUCCCGAUGAAGAAGGUCUUGUAAAAUUCCUUUGUGAGGAGAAUGGCUUCAGUGAAGAGCGCAUCCGAAACGGUGCCAAGAAGCUGCUGAAGGGGCGCAACACCACAACUCAGGGGAGGUUAGACACCUUCUUCAAGGUUCUUCCGUCAGAUUCAUCAGCCAAGCGCAAGAGCGAGACUGCAAGUGAAGCCAACAAGAAGAAAGCAAAGGCAGCAGCUGGAAAAAGUGGCAAAUUCAAGAAGGGCAAAUGAAGCCACAGUACCACUCCGGAUACAAGUAACAUGGACAACCACAGCUAGAAAACAUUUGGCAUUUAAUUGUGCGCAUUUCCUCCCUAGCUGCAUGUCUGGUUGGUUUUAUUAACAGUCAAUCGUAAUGCAUGCUGUCUUCAAGCAAAGCACUAGCAAUGCAACAUGUAUAUCCAUUAAGCAGAAUGCUUUGCCAACAAUAACGGAUGGUAAACAAUGUUAAGCAACAUAUGCCAGUAACAGCUAUUGUGAGUUUCUGGAAAUAAAUAUGAAUCUGUUGGCUAUCUAGUGUA